CAACCAUUCUUUUUUUUUUUUUUCUUCCUGCUUUGUUGUGUAUCAUAUUUGACUUCCGACAGAUUUUUUUAAUUCGACUUCAAAUUUUUUUUUUUUAUUUUUGAUAACUACUUUUUCCGAAGUUUUCUUUUCGAUUUAGCAAACUCAUGGAAGGCAAGGAUGACGAAUAUAAUACGAAAGUUUACAAGAAUCGCCUUACGUUGAUUACGACUACAUUGGACCAAGUGAAUGAAGAAGAGGACGAAGAAGAUAUACGGGAUCGACGGUUUCGAACUUCACCACUAGGAACCUCACAAUCGGCUAUUUCACUACCAGCAUUGGCUCGUACUUCUUAUGUGGAUAACUUACAACCACCAUUACAUGCAUCGCCUAUUGAUCUGGAAGAACAAAAAGAUCAGUUUCAAUACCAACCAUCGGCGUUUUUAUCAACAACGACACGUCCUGGAAGAACAAGUUUGGAUGAUGAAAUACCAAAGCGAAUAAAGGGUCGACGCAAUUCCUUUAGUAGUUUCUUAUCCAAGAAAUAUGCCAAGACAAAGUUACAACAAGAUCAAGAAAGAAUAUUACCCAUCAUCAAUAAUAGCAAUAUAAAAGAUAAUAACAACAAUAAUAAAAAUAAGAACAAUGGUAUCAAUAAUGGCAAUACAUCAACAAAAGAAUUCCAAAAGGGUCAUAGACCAAGAUCCUUUUCCGAGGUUCCAGCUAUUCCAGCUACCAUUGAACGUGCUCCACCUGUGGCAAUCACCAACAAAACACCAGUAUAUGAAUAUUAUGGAUUUGUUAUGUAUCUAGCUUCCUUUGUAGUAUUUGGGCUUUACGCUAUUUGGGCAUAUGUUCCUGAUCACAUUUUACAUGACAUGGGUAUUACUUAUUAUCCAAAUCGAUAUUGGGCCCUUGCUAUUCCUGUAUGGUUGAUGACUUUGGUAUGGUUUAUUUUUAUUUCUUAUAUGACGAUCAAUUUGAUGAAUACACCACCAUUUGAUUCUUAUGAUUGUAUUACUGAUGAACAUGCCAAUAUGAUGGAAAUGGAUACACCAUUAUUAGAAGAUCGACCUGAUGAUUGGAUGCCUGAAUUACAUGAUAUUCCUAUUGGAGUGGUGAAUGCUUAUCUUUAUCAAGAGGAUAAUGAACUUAACAAGAGAAAAGAUGGUGGAACAAGAGAUCAUCUCAUCAAUGGAACAUUUACGCGGUCAUCAUCAGGAACCAGAAAAGGCAAGAUGAACACCAAGAGAUCUUGAUUACAAGUUGGUUAUUCUUUGAUUAGAUAUAGAUUAUAGUGUGUAAUAUAGAAUUUUUUUCUUUUUUUGUAUAUUUGGUUUCUUCCCCACUCUUUAUUUUUUUUUUUAUUUAUUAUAUCCAAUAGUUUGUAUCUAUAUACAUAUCUAUAUUUGUUUAUUACAAUUCCUUCAAUAUAGUCAUCAUCAUCAUCAUCAUCAUACCCUUUUAUAUUAGUUUUCUUUAUCAAAUUGAAAUAAACAUGUGAGAUCGGAAACUGAUAAUGAUAACAACUAGAUUUCCCUUUUAUGAAAUAAACCCUUUUUUUU